CAAUCUGUACAACCAGUACUUCCACCUCUCUUUAAGCGAUAUAUUUUUCGUAAUAAAAAAAGUCAAGCAGGUCCGGAAUUUUACUUCUAUCUGUUGGCCAGUAAGUUCUCUUACCAGUGGAGAGCACCUCACAAUUUAGGGCCUCUAUUGCAUGUUUCACUUCUCUUCCUUUUGUAUUUAUCAAGCGAGAUCCCCAAGACAUAUGGUUUACAUUAAAGUCUCCUCCAAGUAUAAAUUUGCUUUCAAGAUGCAGUAGAAUAUCCUGAUAAUCUUCUCUUUUGAGAUUAUAUCUUGGCGGUAUGUACGUUGCUGCUACAGAUAUUAAGCCAUUAGCAGUUUGAAGUUUUACCAUUGUAGUUUGAUGUUGUUCAGUACUAAUUGUAUUGUUCAAAUAGUGGUCAAUAUUACUUUUAAUGAUCAUUGCACUUCCACCUCGAGCCGCAUUACUAGGGUGAAUUGUGUGAUAAAUAUUGAAAUGGUUGAUGUUUAUAUACGAUUCUCGUGUGAAAUGAGUUUCUUACUGGUAGUGUAUUUUGAUGUUGUCGAAAACCAUUGGAAUUCCACAGCAUUAUUUUUAGUUGCAGCUUUUUAGACAUUUUGAUUUCUUUUAUGAAUCGCUCUUUGGUUUAAGUUGCUUUCAAUGAAUUAUUGACGGGCAUAUAAUGUUUUUAGUGUUUCUUCUUGUUGAAGUAUUUUUUCUAGUACGCUCGCUUUUUCGGCAUACGAGACGCCUGGCUUUCUUUUAUUUGAAUUUACUGUUUUCUUAUUCCUGAUGGCUUGUAGUUCCUUAAACUGGUGGUGCUAUUUAAAUCUUCUUUUAUGAACCUUACUGCUUAAUAUUAAUUUUAUUAUAAUUUAACGGUUUCUUAUCAUUUUGCGGUUUUCAUUUUUGUUGUAAUCACCGCCACGACUUUUCAUCCGAUUCUAAAUCGUACUUUAACUCCACUUGUAAACAUCUUAUAAAGAAAUAAUGAACAAAAUUCUGUUUUUAAUUAUAAUAUCUCUGAAUAUUUUUGAUUGUGCGAACUUAUUUGCUAAAGCAAAUGUGACCGCUGUUUUCUUACAGAAAAUUGAGGAGAAGCUUUUUAUGCAUGAUAAUUUAAUCGUUACUGCAUUAAAAAAGGUUGAAUAUAAAUUAGAUAAGAUCCUUCAAUUUCACAAUUCAAUAUCAAGUAGCACAGGUCAAGAAUGUUGCACGAAAAUAGAUAAUGUUUCCAAAGAUAUUGAGAAUAUUCACACAAAAAUUGUUAUAAGCAUAAAUAAAAUAACAACGUUAACUGAAAAAUCGAAUUCACAGAACGUUCUUCUAAGUAAUCUUUUUACAAUGCAAGAAAGCUUGGAAAGGUUUAAUAAACAACGACUAAAUGACAUAAAUAAAAACCUAAAGAGAAUAAAAAAUGAUAUUGAAAUAAUUUCAAAUGACGCAAUUAAUUUAAACAAUCAAUAUAUUAUCUCGAGUAUGAAUAAAAUUGUUACUGAAGCGGCUAAAAAUUUCAUGCAUAAAUAUAUUAUACAGGUAAAGGAACUAUCUACACAACUAACAAGAAUUGAUUUAAAUCUAAAAACAAUAACUUCAAUACAAGAUUUUGAAAGUCAAAGUAAUAAACUGCACAAGAAAACAAUUAUUAAUAACUUCACGGUCGAAAAUGAGUACAAUCGGAAAAAGAGUUUUGAUAAAAUUAUGACUCAUAUUAAUACCAUUGAAAAUGAAUUUAAGAACGAUCUUACUCUUCGCACUAGAAAAAAUGAAGCUUUAUACCAGAAGGAAUCUGAAAAAAAAUUCCUAAUGCGAAAUAUUGUUGAUGAAAUUUUGGUUAAGAUUAAAACAAUAGAAAAUUACUCUAAUGAGAGGCAUAACGAAAUAGCAAAAGGUGAAUCUGAGCUUAAUGAGACACUAAAACGUUUGGAAAUUGAAUUACAAGAAAUGAAGUACCAGAACAAAGACAUUUUAAAAUUGCUUCAAAGUUAUAAUAAUAAAGUCCAUUAUUAUAUUGAAUAUCCAAGUGAUGACUGUGGUGAAAACUCAUCGCAUGAGUAUACCGAUUUAAAUGAUGGUUAUGAACUAGUCAAUGAAUCUGAGCAGUAAUCUCUGAUGUCCCGAUAAGGAUACGGAGCGGUUGUAUCUCGACAAUGGUAAGACCUUGAGGUUCGAGAAAAAAAUCUUAUCAACAAAGUGAGCAAGAGAAAUAGUUGGAAAUUAUUCUGAAGUUCGCAAAUCGACCACUAAGGGGCGUGAUUGCCCCUUAAUAAAGAAACAUAAAAUUCACCCUAUAUCGGAAAGUUUGAUGAUGAGUUAUAACUUUAAUGAAACACAAUUUUACACUUUUUUCGAUGAAUAUAUUUUUAAAAAUAGUUAAAAAUAGUAAAAUAGUUAAGUUCAUUCGGUUUCGAUUCUACAAAAUCAUCAUCAGGAACAAUGUUGUUAUUAAACAAUUAAGAUAACUUCUUCAAUCAUUAACAAAAAUAUAUAAAUUCGACUCGAUCUGAACACAUUUUGUUAUUGACGUAAGUUCCUGAUGAUGAUUUACACACGACGACAAUAUACACGUCGUUCAAGCGUUCGAUUUUACGGAAUUCCCGAGGAAAAGAAUGAGAACAUUGAGGGGAAGGUGAUAGAGAUUAUUAAUGAGUAGUACCGAAUAUUGUGGACGAUGUCGUAUGAAGCACAGACCAAGGUAAAUUGACUUUGAUGUGUCUCUUAGAUUAUUCAAACGCUUUUGAUACUAUCUAUCAUGACUUGAUGUAUGCCAUACUUCGCUACAUUGGGUUUGAUGAUCUUGCAUCGGGGUUCUUGUACAGUUACUUGUCGGGCAGAAUGCAGUGCGUGAAGGUGAAUGGUCGCGUUACAUCAUUUCUUUCAACAACGUCCGGUGUUCCUCAGGGUUCAAUUUUGGGUCCAUUGCUAUACUCACUUUACACAUCGCAUUUUAACAGAUACAUAAAAAGUUGUAAUCAUCAUUUCUACGCGGAUGACACUCAGUUAUAUAUAUCUUUUCUGCCAUCGGAUGUCGAUGAUGGUUGUUUUAUCUGGCUUUAUCUGGCUCUUGUCUGACUUUGGAUAUAGAGGCUUUGGAGCUGGUUUCUAGGCGUCACUGCCUUUGUCUGAAUGCUGCUAAAAUAGAGUUGAUAUUAUUCGGGCCAAGAAAGGUGAUAAGUGACAAUUGUGUUCGGGAUCGGGUCAAGAUAGUUGUUCAAGAUAGUUGAUUGCCGCUGAAGGAUUGUGUGAGAAACUUGGAAGUCUUAUUGGACGAAAAUUUAAACUUUAAUAAAUACAAAUAAGCUUUCGCGUAUGCUGCUCUUAAGCUGAUUUAUGGCGGUCGGUCGUUCCUCAAUUGUAGAACAAGGGUGCUUUUGUGCGAUGCCUUGGUAUUAUCGCAUUUUAAUUAUUGUGAUACAUUGUAUGAUCCGUGUAUUUCGUAUAGUAAUACGAAAUAAAUUUAGAAAAUUCAAAAUUCUUGCUUGCGCUUGAUAUUUGGGUUACGGGGGCGUCAGCAUGUUUCGCACAAAUUAAAGGAUUUGAGUUGCCUCAACAUGAAAAACAGGCACAUACUCCAUUCGGCAGUUUUGUUCUUUAAUAUACUUUCUUUGAAGAAACCUCCAUACUUGUUCAAUAGAAUAAAAUUUUGUACCGAUAUUUACACCUUGAAUAUUCGAUUCAAGGGCACUCUUACCCUGCCGAUCCAUCAUCACCAGCUAGUUAAGAAAUGCUUUUCAUACCAAUAACACAUAUUCUUAAUGAUUUGCCAUCAACUAUAAAAUGUAGCACUUCUUUAAGGUUGUUUCGUCACAGAAUGAGGGGCCGCCUGUCUCAAAUUCAGGAUGCAUUGUAGGGCGACAGGUAUCGGACAGUUUGCGCUUGGUAAUUGAUUAUGAUUUCAGUAUCGGGUCUUUUUCCUUUUCUUUUCCUGUUUCUUUUCGUUUUUCUUUUCUUUUUCUCUCUUGUAUAUUUAGAAUUAGAAUUAGUUUUAUUAGGUUUGAGUGGAAGAGCAAGUGCUGUUACGGCUGCACCUGAACUCCGCCUAAUUUGUCCUGGCUUAAGUUAUAAUAAUUUCAUGUAUACUAAGUCAAUGUACAUAUAAUAGGACAAAUAAAGUCAUAUUAUUAUUAUUUCGUAGAAUCGAAACCGGUUGAACUUUAUUUUUAAAAAUAUAUCCAUCCAAAAAGGUGCAAAAUUGAAUUUCAUUACAUUCUACAGGAUGGAAAAAGACAACGAUGUUGACAAGUUGUUGUGACAACUUUGAUAUCAUUUGACAGCUUGGAUAAUACCGCAUCAUUUUGCUUUGCGACAUUUCUCCUAUCUGUCAUAAUAAGGGAUGGAAAGGUCCAUGCGUUUUCAAAUAUUUAUAUUUUAAUGUCUCCUAGACAGAUUAGAUACUUGCUAUAAUGUAAGACUCGGAAGAGAGAAUUACAGCCCUCAGCCCUGUUGGUCGCAAAUGAUUUUGUUUUUCACCUAAUCGUUUAGACAUAACAAACAUCGUGCAGACGUAUUAUUAAGGCGAUUUCGAUCUUUUCUUAUAGUUAAUGCUUAUAACCUGAGAAUAAUCUUUCCGGCGGGACUGAAGUAGCCGGUAUGCUUAAGAGAUCUUGUGCCAUUAAACUUAAAAUAGGAAAUUCAGAAGCAUGAAUUUUCCACCAUUGUAAUAUAUCUGUGUCUUUAUUACACCGAGGCAUAGAAUAAAUAAUAUUUUUGAAGCUCCUGCAUCCAUUCUCCUUCGGAAGGCGUAAGAUUUACUGCAUACAAAACAUCAAAAUCAAUUACAAAAUCCGACUUUUCCGCUCUAGAAUCUUCUCGUUCCUCCAAUGCUGUUACUUUCGAACGUUGGCAUUCUGGUUGAUGGAAAUAGGCUUUGUAUACAUCUUCAAAUUUCUGAA